AUGGCAGACCAGAGGCCAUUUCGCUUUCGGCUCCCUUGGUUAUCAGCACCCGCCCCUCCUGCUCCACGUCCUACAGCUGAACCCCAACCUCCUCGUCCAACAGUUGGAAUUCAAGCCCCAGCUCGGCCGACCCCCACCAUCCCCAUUCAGCGGCCACCUUUUCGACCUGCAGGGAUAGCCCCAGCACCGCUUGCUACCACCCAGCCUACUGGACAAGAACGGGCUGAACCUCAGCCAGUGUCACCACUUCGUGCAACCACUAAAUCCCUAGUCACUUCCCCGCCAGCAUCACCAUCUCGUGCAACAACCGAAACACAGGCCCGCUCAGUGCCAGCAUCGCCAUCUCGAGAAACAAGGGCUGCCUCUGUGCCACCAUCACCAUCUCGUGCAACUCCACGAUCAAGAGCUGUAUCUGUGCCACCUUCUCCUUCUCGCACCACUUCCCAGCCCCAACCAGCAGUGCCGACAGUCCCACAACCUCAAUCUCCAUCUCGUUUGGCCUCUCGAGUUACCCAAGUGCAGCCAACUGUUUCUCAGUCCCCAUCAAAACCAGCAAUAUCUUUGCCCUUGUCACAAGUGCCUCAACAGAAGACAGAAAUCACAGCAAAGACUGUCCCUCAACCACAACAACAAGGAGAGCCUAUACAGGCAUUAGCUGGUGUGAGAGCAGCAACACCAACGCCAACUUCUGUGCCAGCACUAGAGACACCUGCAGCGUCACAAAAAUCAGAUUCUAAGACCAUUGGUGUGGAUCAUCCUGUGCCUCUUCCAGAACCAGUGAAAAAAGUAAAGGAAGAUAUUUUUGAAAGGAAGAAGACGACUGGCAGACCAUCCGUGUCCAAUGGAGAAAAAGUUCCCCUGUACAAAGAAAUCAGGGAAGAUAUUUCCAAGUUUGCUCACAAGCUGGGAACGGAGCAAAUAAAGCAACCCGUAGGUGAAAAGCCCGUCAGCAUUGUCACUCUAGCAGGUGAAAACAGGGGAGCUUCCAUGUAUGUGGGCUCUGAACCAACGAGAAAGGAUGGGUCGGUCCACAUUCAUCGUGGUUAUAAGAUCAAUCCAGAUGAGAGCAGCGAAGCAACUACUGAUGGAGAAGGAAGCUCGAAGGGUAAAAGCUCCAAAGAUCUGCUGACAAAAGAAGAUCCGGCAAGAAAGGCAUAUAUCAACAGUAAUACACAAAGUGUCAAUAACUCGAUUUUGUUUGAAAGUUCAGUAAACGAAGGAAGUCCUGGUGUACAGCUGAGUCUCUCUUAUAACGAUGAAGAACCCAGCAAGUACGGUACUAAAUCAGGGCCUCUCGAGACACACAAGGCUGAAUUCAAAGUCACCCCCGCUGAGAAGCUUACUUACGAGCCGACAGUUAAAAGACGAUGCCUAAGAGGGCUUUUGUUGGAAUCAAGCGACUCGGACCCUGAUAAUCCAGAAAAGCCUCGAAGACAUGGCUGCCGCUACGAUUGUGCGCAGAAGGGAAAAGAAAAGGACAUAGGGGUUCUCUGA